AUGUCCAAGACCGAGAGCAGGAAGCUGUCGGACGACUAUGAGGUCGCGGAGGUCCUCGGCCGAGGCGGAUUCUCGAUCGUGAGGCGGGGAGUGAGCAAGUCAGAGGGGAAGGCGGCUCAACAGGUCGCCAUAAAGACCCUGCGAAGGCUGGGCCCGGCCACCACGACCGGCGGGAGCACGCUGCCGCCGCAGCAAGGCUCAAAUAAGGGCGGCGGCCUGGUUCCGACGUGGAAGCAGGUGUCGUCCAUCUCCGACGCGCUGCUCACCAACGAGAUCCUCGUGAUGCGGCGGAUCGUGGAGGCCGUGGCGCCGCACCCCAACGUCAUCGCGCUGCACGACGUGUACGAGGACGCGCGCGGCGUGCACCUGGUCCUGGAGCUCUGCUCGGGCGGCGAGCUGUUCGACCGGAUCGUGGGGCGCGACCGCCACUACUCGGAGUUCGACGCGGCGGGCGUCGUCCGCCAGAUCGCGCGCGGGCUGCAGGCGCUCCACGGCGCGGGCGUCGUGCACCGGGACCUCAAGCCCGAGAACUGCCUCUUCGCCGACAGGGGCGAGGCCUCCACGCUCAAGAUCAUGGAUUUCGGCCUCAGCUCCGUCGAGGACUUCAGCGACCCCGUCGUCACCCUGUUCGGCUCGAUCGACUACGUCUCGCCGGAGGCCCUCUCGAGGCAGGAUGUCUCGGCUGCCAGCGACAUGUGGUCUGUUGGGGUGAUUCUGUAUAUCCUCUUGUCCGGAUGCCCGCCGUUCCAUGCACCAACUAAUCGAGAGAAGCAGCAGAGGAUACUGCAGGGAGAGUUCAGUUUCCAGGACCAUACAUGGAAGACAAUCUCUUCAUCAGCCAAAGAACUGAUCUCCAGUCUUCUCUCUGUUGAGCCUUACAAGAGGCCAACAGCAAGUGACCUGCUGGGGCAUCCUUGGGUGAUAGGGGACUGCGCGAAGCAGGACCUCAUGGACGCGGAGGUCGUGACGAAGCUGCAGAGGUUCAACGCCAGAAGGAAGCUGCGGGCGGCGGCGAUCGCCAGCGUGCUCAGCAGCAAGGUGGCGCUGCGGACGAAGCGGCUGCGGAACCUGCUGGGACGGCAUGACCUGAGCUCCGAGGAGCUCGACAACCUGCGGGCUCACUUUGCACGGAUAUGCGCCGACGGCGAGAACGCGACGCUGGCGGAGUUCGAGCAGGUGCUGAGGGCGAUGAGGCUGGAGGCGCUGGUCCCGCUGGCGCCGCGCGUGUUCGACCUGUUCGACAACAACCGCGACGGCACGGUGGACAUGAGGGAGAUCCUGUGCGGGCUGUCCAGCCUCCGCAACUCCCGCGGCGACGACGCGCUCCGGCUCUGCUUCCAGAUGUACGACGCCGACCGCUCCGGGUGCAUAAGCAAGGACGAGCUGGCGUCGAUGCUGCGAGCGCUGCCCGAGGAGUGCCUUCCGGGCGACAUCACGGAGCCCGGGAAGCUGGACGAGGUGUUCGACGAGAUGGACGCCAACGGCGACGGCAAGGUGAGCUUCGAGGAGUUCAAGGCGGCCAUGCAGAAGGACAGCGCCCUCCAGGACGUCGUCCUCUCGUCCCUCCGGCCGCCGCCGCCGCCAUAG